AUGUCUUCACGACGACCACCCCUCGCCAACGUUCCCAAUGCCGCCAAUUCUCCUCACCGGGUGAGUAACUCAGCUGCUGUCAAGCGGGCUCGCCCGAAGUCCCAAAUGGACCUGGCUUUCGGUCAACCUCCCCCAAAAAGACAAGUCGUGGGCCACGAAGACAUGGCCCUGGGUGUCGCUAUACCGAAGCCUGUUCCCCAAAUGACUAUAGCCGAAGAGAACAAGCUAUUUUCCCGGCGGCCUCGACUUGCUCAGGCAACUCCAUUUGAGAAACGGUUGAUGGCAGCGAGGGAUCAAGAAGACGGACUCACACAACAACAACAACAACAACAACAACAACAACAACAAGCCAGAGCUUCAAAACAACAAGACAAAAUCUCUGCGGAGAAAUUGGAUAAUAUCAGACAAUGGCAAAGACACUACCGAAAGGCCUUUCCUGGAUUCGUAUUCUACUUUGAUAGUCUACCUGCAGACGUCCGUAAUAGAAGCCUUAGGGAAGUGCUGGCAUUAGGCGCGCGCGAGGAGAGAUUCUUCUCCCGAACAGUUACCCAUGUUGUCACCUCGCGUCCCAUACCUGAGGUCAAUGUUCACGGCCCGGUUGAAAUAUCAGAGAAUGAUCAGCAUUCCAUUGAAGGUCCAAUUCAAACGGUCAAUCCAGUCCUCCUGGAAAGAAACGACAAUCGAAGAGAUCAAGGGAAUAAUACCGACGUGUUGUACCGUGCACGCCAGAUGGGCAUGAAGAUAUGGGCAAUGGAGAAGCUACAGCGUAUGUUGGCAGCUAUGCACGAACCAGAUACUACUACCACAUUUACCGGCGGCCGUACUGGUCCUUUAAAUGUCAAAGGUCGUGGAGAGACGGAACUUUCCCAGGUUCUUCGAAACGAACGUUUGCAUGGUCCGUCUGAUCGCGACCCCUCUCAACUGAUGAAGGACCUGGUUCUUUUCCGGGGUCCGUUUAUUUAUGUUCACGAUGUAGACGAGAAGACGCGGCCAGUUAUGGUGAGAGAGUAUCCCAAAGUGGCAAAAAGACAGGAUGGAACUUGGCCACAAUUCCGCAGCGCUCCCCUCGGUAAAUGCCCCUUCAUUGAGGAGGGCCCGUCCGAGAAAGAAUUCGCGCGUAUGAAAAGAGAAGAGCAGAAGAAUGCGGCUGCGGUGGAAGCUUCCGUCAAAGUAGAGACGGUCGCAGAUGCUGAACAGGCACCACAGAAAGAGUGUGUAGGAGAUUCUGGUCGACAUGAGAAUGAAAACACAGUGGUUCAUGUGAAAGGUGAUAACGCCACUGCGCCAACAGGGCCCACAGACACUCUCAAAGCAUUUCCAGCCCGACCUGUUCCGCCUCGAAUGAAGCCGAUAAGCCAUCCAGUUAAGCAUCCGCUGAACAACAUUGGACAUUGGCCGAUGAUACGUGAGCCAGCCGCUUCUGGGAUGCAGCCAUCUAACGUCACCUCUGCGAUCCGCUCGCAGAUGGUUUCAUCAACUGCCGCUGCUCCCGGGGCGAAGGCAGGAUUGAGCAAGGAGGUACACGAACUGAAACGUAAAGUCCUGGAGAGAAGUAAUGGGAGCAUGACUGCUGGUACCAAUACCUCAUCGCACAGACCAGUCGAUGCUCCGAUGGCGAAAGUUGCAUCUGGGGUUCCGGCUGGCUCAAAACGCCCAUUAGAGAAGAUGGGUCACGUCCCGGAGGAAGACACAACACAAUCCGAAGAUAAUGGCAGCCACACCACAUCAGCAAAUGCAAAUGCGAACGAAAAUUCCGAACGGAGAGGUGCACCUCAGAAAAAGCCGGUCAAAGAGAAACAGCGUGAUCCAAAGCCAGGGUACUGCGAGAAUUGCCGGGAUAAAUUCGAUGAUUUCGAUGAGCACACAAUGACCAGAAAGCACCGCAAGUUUGCGACAACGUUAUCUAACUGGACUGAGUUGGAUGCUUUGCUAGCGAAGCUCAAGCGUCCGGUGAAAGAAGCAUACUAG